AUGGGCCAGAAAUCGAAAGACACACUAGCCGUACGGCCGCAGAGCCGUGGUAGGCGCUCACCCAGCCGGUCGCCCAAACCCAAGAGCCGCAAGCCUUUGGCGGUGCCUCAGACGUAUGCCUCGGAUGGAGUGAAGAACAAUGAUAUCUUCAAACUCCCCGGCUCGGACUAUAAGCUUAUUGUACUGGUGACUCUGAUCGCCACGGCUGUUCGCCUAUUCAGAAUUUAUCAGCCCACCAGCGUGGUCUUCGAUGAAGUCCACUUCGGUGGAUUUGCUUCCAAAUACAUCAAGGGAAAAUUCUUCAUGGAUGUGCACCCCCCGCUAGCUAAACUGCUGCUUACGCUGGCUGGCUGGCUUGCUGGUUUCGACGGAAACUUUGACUUCAAGGAUAUUGGAAAGGAUUAUUUGGAGCCCGGUGUGCCCUAUGUGGCAAUGCGCAUGCUUCCAGCUAUCCUAGGUGUUCUAACUGUCCCAUUGAUGUUCCUCACCCUCAAAGUUACCGGGUGCCGAACUUCGACUUCAGUCCUAGGUGCUGGUCUUGUUAUCUUUGACAACGCUUUGGUCACUCAGUCCCGUCUGAUUCUGCUCGACUCCCCGUUGAUUUUCUUUACUGCCCUGACAGCUUUGGCCUUCAACUGCUUCACCAACCAACAAGAGCUGGGACCGGCCCAUGCUUUCCGCGGCCCGUGGUGGUUCUGGCUGGUGUUUACCGGUCUUUCCCUUGGCGCAACCCUGAGCGUGAAGUGGGUUGGUCUCUUCACUAUGGCUUGGGUUGGAUCUCUCACGGUUCUCCAAUUGUGGGUACUGUUGGGUGAUGCUAAAAAUGUCACACCGCGUCUGUGGCUCAAGCAUUUCUUCUCCCGGGUCUUCUGCCUCAUUUUUAUUCCUCUAGGCUUCUACCUUGCCAUGUUUGCCAUUCACUUUACAUGCUUGGUUAACCCCGGAGAAGGUGACGGCUUCAUGUCAUCUGAAUUCCAGGCAACUUUGAACUCAAAGUCUAUGCAAGAUGUUCCCGCAGAUGUCUCAUUUGGAUCCCGAGUCAGCUUCCGCCAUCUGAACACGCAGGGCGGCUAUCUGCACUCCCACCCUCACAUGUACCCAACGGGUAGUAAGCAGCAGCAAAUCACGCUCUACCCCCACAAGGAUGAAAACAACGUGUUCCUUUUGGAGAACUCGACUCAGCCUCUAGGACCCUAUGGAGAGGUCGAGGGCCCGUUCGCCUGGGAUAAUAUGACUGCUCCUGGUUUCAUUGAAGAUGGUUCGAUUAUCAGACUUUACCACGCGAUCACUCAUCGAAGAAUUCACUCGCACGAUGAACGCCCUCCGGUGACCGAGGCCGACUGGCAGUAUGAGGUUUCUGCCUACGGAUAUGAAGGCUUCCCUGGUGAUGCCAACGACUUAUGGAGGGUUGAGAUUGUUAAGUCUAUGUCCGAGACCCCGGAGUCAAAGAAGCGCCUGCGCACUAUCCAGUCCAAGUUCAAGCUGGUGCACGUCAUGACUGGCUGCGUCCUGUUUUCCCACAAGGUCAAGCUCCCGGACUGGGGAUGGGAGCAGCAGGAAGUGACAUGCGCAAAGGGCGGUACUCUUCCCAACAGCAUUUGGUAUAUCGAGUCCAACCAGCACCCCGCUAUGGCCCCAGACGCCGAGCGAGUCAACUACCGGAACCCUGGCUUCUUGGGCAAGUUCUGGGAAUUGCAGAAGGUUAUGUGGACCACGAACGCAGGUUUGGUUGAGUCCCAUGCCUGGGAUUCUCGUCCGCCCUCCUGGCCUACCCUCCUUCGUGGCAUUAACUUCUGGGGCAAAGACAACCGCCAAAUUUACCUUCUCGGAAACCCGCUUAUUUGGUGGUCGACAACUCUGGCUAUUGGAAUCUAUUUCGUUUUCAAGGCUCUCUCCAUUGUUCGGUGGCAGCGAAGCUGUGGUGACUACAAGCACGCUACGUUCAAGCGCUUUGACUACGAGGUCGGCACCAGCGUUUUGGGCUGGUUCUUCCACUAUUUCCCAUUCUACCUCAUGGCGCGCCAGCUCUUCUUGCACCACUAUCUUCCCGCCCUUUACUUCGCCAUUAUGGUCCUCUGUCAAGAACUUGACUUCCUCACAAACCGCAUCAAGAGCCUAGGGCUUGCGUCCAGGCCUGUGAUUGGCAAGGCUCUGAUGGCAAUCUUCCUGGGUCUUAGCGUUGUUGUGUUCACUCUCUACGCCCCACUCGUAUAUGGCAACCCCUGGACUAGGGAUGCCUGCAACCAGGUGAAGCUGCUCGGAUCCUGGGAUUUUGACUGUAACACCUUCCACAGCGACUUGAGCCAGUACAUCACUCAAUACGUGCCAAGCCUGCCGCCCGUGGCUGCCCCUACAACGGCAGCUCAGGCACCACCCCCGCCGCCACCAGUCCAGGCCCAAGAGCCUGCCCCUGCGCCUGCAGGCGAGCCUGUCCAAGAGUCAGACCCAGCGGCCGUCACCUCGCCCAAGAUACAGGGCUCCAUGGCGCGCGUUGAGUACCGCGACCAGAACGGCAAAGUUCUUGACGAGAACCUGGUGGCCUCGCUCCGAGCUGAAGGUAAAGUGAAGUUCGAGACUCGCUAUGAGCCUGGUCAGCCCAUGGAGAAUGCCCACGAUGUUCCCGUCGUCGAUGGCCAGCUCGCGCCCCCGCACCCGGAUGUGCAGGGCCAGAAUCCUGAGACUGGCAGCGCGCCCGAGGACUCCGUGCCCCCCGAGAGCCCCGCGUCUGUGGCUGAGGGCAACGAGAGCUCCGUUGAGCAGUCAACCUCCAUGGAGGCUAAGCCUGCCAGUGAGGGUAAUGAGGCCACUAAAUAG